AUGGUAGAUGUGAUUGUUACAACUCCCUUAAGGAUACUAGUAUUAGCGACCCUUAUUAUAAGCAUACUCUGUCUAGAUCUCAAGGAUACUCGUGAAUACUGGUCAGAGAAGAAUUCUACAGGAGAAAAAUACCUUGUUUCUGUUGAUUUUCGGAAUGGAAAUUCUAGCUCUAACAUUGAUCCUCCUCAAGGCUUCCGUAGGUACAUUCACAAGAUGGAUUCCGGAUAUAAAUUUUGCGUUGAGAGGAUCAAACAUCAAAAUUUUAAUCUCACUAUCUGCCCAUGCAUUGAAGAAGUUAAUGAGGCUACUGAUCCCCUCCUACUUUGCAUUAAGAGGUCCAUGCAUAAUUCUGAGAAGACUGACUCCACUUAUUGCUACUAUUGUAAAGUAGAAUAUAGCUGCUGGUACAGGUACAAGAAUGGAGAAUGUAAUGAAAUACUACCUGGAAAUAGAGACACUGCUACUGGACUAGGUAAACUGCUUUAA